AAGUCAAAGUCACUCAUUGUUCGCGCCAAAUAUUAACACAACAAAUGUAUUUCCAGAAAAAGUUUUAUGUAAUUGUGCAAUUUAAUGAUCAAUUUCAGUUAUAUUACUAAGACUGAUUUACAUAAUGAUAAUGAACGUGUAAUAUAUGAACAUAUCUAAGUUAUUUCGAUUAAGUAGAAUAGCCAAUUGCGUCGUGACCGUGCACCGGCACCAUCGGGCAGUACACACUGUAUUCGUUAAAUAUUGGCAUGUCGAUACUCGAAGAAUGGCGCAGAAAAGUAUAACAUCUUUUUUUAAAAUAACACCCAAGAAGGAGUCCGUUGCUACUGUCAACAAUCAGAAUGAGGAAACAUCAAAUGUUGAUAAAAGCUUUUCCGAAGAAUCAUCACCGCCUGCACCUGCUACAAAAUCAACAAAAAGAUUGAGAUCUGAGAGUGAGAAUGAAUCACCGGCUGCGUCCAGGUCUCCCUCUCCAGUUAGCUCAGUAAAGAAAAAGAAAGUGAAGAGACAGAGAAUAGAAAGUUCAGGAAGUGAGGCUGAACCACAAAAAAGUUCAGACGAUGAAACAAUUCCUGUUAAAAUUGAAAGGAAUGAUUCACCUAAAACUUAUUCCUCACCUAAAACUAAACGCAACAAAUCAAAACUUAUCAAAAACCAAGUAAAGGUGGAGAGUACUGAAGAAAAUGAGAGUGGAAGUGAGAGUCAAGGGAGUAAUGGCCUUGAGGAAAACAAAAGUCCCAAUCAAAGUGAAAGUCCAAAAUCGGUUAAAACUCCUAAAAAACAGAAAAGCCCAAAGGAAAAAUCGGGAAGUCCAGAAGAGAAACCAAAAGUCAAAAAAGAAAAGAAAACACCUACACAAAGUACAAAAACCAAGGGUCCAAUGGAAAAGUUUAUGGCCAGUAAUAAUAUGAUGCAGUCUUUUGUAAAAAAAGAAAAAAAUGAUGGAGAAGAAGAUAAAAAAGAUUUAAAAGGUGUUAAUGAUGCAGAUGAUGAAAACCAACAUUCUUUAGUUCCUGCUUUUUUAUAUCAUAAGCUCGGCACCGGCUUCUCCGACCACGACCUCGACACCCUCACCGCGCAGCUGCAGGAACACGUCAUCGACGCGCCCAGGAACUACUACAGCUACGAGGCGACGCAGGCGCCGGACGUGUGGGUGAGCGCGCGCUGCGUGUGGGAGGUGCGCUGCGCCGACCUGUCGCUGUCGGCCGCGCACCGCGCCGCGCUCGGCCGCGUCGAGCGCGACAAGGGCAUCUCGCUGCGCUUCCCCAGGUUCGUGCGCGUGCGCGAGGACAAGCGGCCGGAGGAGGCGACCAGCAGCGAGCAGAUCGCGCGCAUGUACCUGGCGCAGGACUCCGUGCGGCACCACGCACCGCACAAACUGGACGACGACGACUUCUACUGACCGCCCUCCACUACUGCUGUUCAAUAAAUAUUGUACAUUCUUUA